AUUGCCUUCCUAAUUCGGUCAGGGGCUCUUGGUCAGGUGAGUUGAGAGCGUCCAGUUUCAAGUUCCACCAGAUUAUUUCUACGUAUUAUUCAAAAUGCCAUCUCCCGUAGAAAUAUCGUUUCUUUCUGGACUUCGGAAGCCUACAGCCAAUGCAAACUGUCUGAUUGUUGGUCAACUUGCAAAUCUGAAGCGCGUCAAGUUUGAUGAUAUUGCUUGUAAACUCGAGACAAAAGUGGAAAAACAGAAUUUUGAACAUGCAUUGAGGUCUUUGGUGCCAUCUCCAACAGACAGUGUACAGCUAAGUGGACGUAGCUUUGUAUUGUCUUCCCUACCCACCAAUGGGAGUAGACACAAUGCACCUAUGUUCCCACAUUCACUGACUCAGCUGAUUAGGAACUCAUUACAGCAUGGUGAAGAAGAAAAUGUUCUUAUAAUUUGUGAAAGACGUGAUUGCUUUGCACUGGCAAUGGCCAUACCUAGAGCAUAUCCUCUGUACAGCAGGAAAACAGCGAAGAAUCCAAAUAGAAUAGAACAACAGAGAAAGCUGACAAUAGAAUUUUUCUUUGUUGGUGAUGAUAAUGCCCCUUUAGACCAAAUUGAAGUAGAUUUUUUAAAUGCGGCAGCUGAUUCUGUAAGACUGGCUGCAAGAAUUGUUGAUGCCCCGUGCAGUGAUAUGAAUACACUUGCAUUCUUAGAGGAAGUGAAGGCUGUUGGAGCUGAACUGAGUAUUGAACCAAUGAUUAUCAAAGGAGAAGACCUGGAAAAACGAGGCUUUGGAGGUAUUUAUGGAGUUGGAAAGGCUGCCUUGUGUCCUCCUGCAUUGGCAGUUCUCAGUCACAAACCAGAAAAUGCUACCAAAAAUAUUGCCUGGGUCGGUAAAGGCAUCGUUUAUGAUACUGGUGGCUUGUCAAUUAAAGAUAAGGUUCAUAUGCCUGGAAUGAAGAGGGACUGCGGAGGAGCCGCUGGUGUUCUUGGCGCUUUCAAGGCAGCAGUCAAAGCGGGGUUUUCAGAAAAUCUUCAUUGCAUUGUUUGCCUAGCAGAAAAUGCUGUUGGUCCAAUGGCAACAAGACCAGACGAUAUCCACACAUUUUACUCGGGAAAAACUGUCGAGAUUAAUAACACAGACGCAGAAGGGCGACUUGUUCUUGCUGAUGGGGUUGCCUAUGCAUCUAAGGACUUAGGCUGUGACAUUAUUGUAGACAUGGCAACGUUGACUGGGGCUCAGGGCGUCUCAACAGGUCAUUACCAUGGAGCCAUUGUGACUAAUAAUGAACAAUAUGAGACAUCUUGUGUCCAGGCUGGAAGAUGGUCUGGUGAUCUGACGCAUCCGUUGCCAUUUUGUCCCGAAAUGCAUUUCUCUGAAUUUAAUAGUUCUGUUGCUGAUAUGAAGAAUUCAGUCAAGGAUCGUGGCAACGCCCAGAGUUCCUGUGCUGGUCUUUUUAUCUUUGCCCACCUGGGAUUUGAUUUUCCUGGUGUAUGGCUGCAUAUUGACAUGGCAAGCCCAGUUCAUCGGGGUGAACGGGCAACAGGAUAUGGUGUAGCAUUGCUGGCAACUUUGUUUGGAAAAUUUUCAAAGAGCAGACUGUUGCAAAGCAUCGCCCCUGAACUCUAGUAAAGAUUCUAAUUACUGUUAGCCCCUGUUAACUUAGACAUUUGCUAAAAAUAUUUUGUAAUGAUCAUAUUGCAAUUUAAAAUUUCCUCUGAGGAUUUUUGA